AUGGACCCGGCUGCUGAGCCGGCUGCUGAGCCGGAUUCCGAGGCCGACAGCACGGUUUCGACCGUGAGUGCCAUCAGUCGGCACGUUUCGGACUUGCAGCGGGAUCACUGGGCUUUGCUAGAGCAGUUCCGUGCCGCACAGCAGGACAUACAGGUGCUUUCGGAUCGCUGCGAGUAUCUUGAGGGCCGGAUCCGCGUCUUAGAGUCCUUUGAGAAUCGCAUCCGAGCAUUGGAGCCUCCCGCACCCUUGGUUCCCCUUCCAAGCCCACCGCCUCAGCUUGCUGCCGGUGUCAGUUCGGCGAUACAGCAGGCUCCGCAGGAUGCUCUGCCUUCGGCCACUCAGGCCUUUGCUCGGCAGCGGGCUCGUUUUGCUGCACUGAUCCGGUCAGAUGAUUCUGUGCGCUUUGAGGCGUUACGUAAGAUUAAGACCCUGACUUUACUUGAUCCUGCGGCAUCGGAGCUGGGGCGGCUUCUCAUCAGCGAGGCCGCUAUCUUGUCUGACCCUGAGAGACUUCAGAAGUCCUUUGCCGACACGUUCGCUACAAAGAGCACUGCAACAUUGGCCAAACGAGCUUCCUCUUUCUGGAAGUUUGCCGAGUUUUGCUUGAUGUUCGAUUUUGGCUCGCCCUUUCGAGCGAGCGAGGCGGCUGUCUAUGCAUAUAUCCAGGACUUGCAGGCCCACGGAGCUCCCACAUCGGCCAAGGCCUUUCUUGAAAGCUGGAAUUUUCUGUCAGCGCUGCUGGGUUUCGCAAAACUUGCAGGCCAAUCUCCUUUGUCAGGCCGUGUGCGAGGAGCUGCUGCAGCGUUGGCGGCCACCAAGAAACUGGUACUGGCGAACGGAAGACCAUACUUCUGCCGCUUGGGAUCUUUCGUGUACCCCACGAUUUGGGCGCCGCUGUGGAUGGAAGCCCGAGCUGAUGCUGGCCUCGGCCUCAAUCCGUCACUGCCUGCAUUCAGCGAAGCCUCGCAGUCUUGGUUGGAGCGUCGCAUGUCUACUGGAGAGCUUACCAUGUACUUGCGUGAGUUCCUCGUAGCCAGUCACAUCGACAUUCCUUCGGAGUCCCGCAUCAGCAGCCACAGCAUGAAGGCCACCUUUCUCAGCUGGCUAGCCAAAUUCGGAGGAGUUUCUUUGGAGGACCGCCGCAUUGCAGGGCACCAUUUGGACCCUGAUUCCCGGUCCCCUCUGACCUACAGCCGUGACGAGCUGUGCCGCUUGAUGAAGAUUUUCGAGGACAUCCUGAAAGCCAUCCGUUCCGGCCAUUUUAAGCCUGAUGACAGUCGCGUGAUGCGUUUAGCUGUCAUGGUUCAGGCUGAGUCAGGCCCUCAGCUGCAGGAGAAACUCCUCGAGCAGGACCCAUAUGUCUCCGACUCCGAAGCUGGUGCUUCCGACAUCAGCCCCGAGGAUCUGGAGGCCCGAGCCGGUGGAGUCCCCCUGGACGAUGGCUUGAACGCUGCUCAGAUUCCUUCUGUCUACAGCAAGAUGCACAUUUACAGUCGUACAGUGCAUAUACAGGCUGCUGAAGGUGCCAAAUUUUUGUGUGGCCGACCCAUCACCCGCAAUUUUGACGAGCUGGACAAGGCCGUACCGGCGGCCUUUAAGGCCAGAGCAGUCGAGCUCAACUUUCCCGAGGAGACCCUGAAAAAGCUCGCGGCCAUCAAUGUGGACACGUUCGGAGCUCUAGCCUUUAUCGGGCCUCUUCAAGCUGGCACGACCGAUGAGGGCCCACUCAUCAGCAUGCUGAAACGUGCUUUGGGUUCAGAGCCUGACGACGCGCUUAUGAGCAUCGCUCGCCGCCUGUGGUUCGAAAGCACCACUCAGGCUCUUGCUGAAAUGCGUGGCAAGGUCGAGCGCACCGAUGCUUCUGAACCAGUUCGGAUGCCUUUGGCCGAGCGCACACAACGCCUUGCUGCUCUUCAGAAGCGACUUGUGGGUAUUCACUGGACCUCCGACAUUGAGCCUUCCCAUAAGCUACAAGACUUGGUUGCUCAGAUGGUGUCUGAUCAGUCCUUGCUUUGGAUUCCGUGGGAUCGCCUCACGAGCCGAGCUUUGGAAAUUACGUCUGACAAAACCGAUCAGGCGGUCAGCUUCGACAGUGCCGGGAACCUCAAGCUCGUGAAACGGUCAGCUGAACCUUCUUGCAGUACCAUCGGAGAAUAUGCCGUCAAGCUGGCACUUCAGAGGAGGAGUUUGGCUUUCGAACUAGCCCGAGUCUGCCGCUACGAGUACCUCGAGUCCUGGCAUGACCAGCUGCUGCAAGUGCAUAUGCGCUCCCAACCUUCAGGCCAUCAAAGAGUUUCGAUUGCUCAGCUUCGUGAAGCCGACAAGUUUCUGUGGACGAGGAUCGCCGAGGAUACGCGUGGCUCACUGUCCAUGCGCUCAGAUGGCUCGUACCCCUUCGAGGCCUCGCUUGCAAAGUGGAAGGAUCACACGCAAGUUCAGUGCUACCUACUUCCGCUGAUGCGAUCACCGCCUCCACCUCCGACUCCACACACUCCCAACAUCCCGCCCAACAAGGACGGGAAAGGAGGCGGAAAGGACAAAAAUCAGAAAGGGCUCAAGAUUCGCAAGGACACUCCCGGAGCGGAGAAACCCAAUUCUGCAGCUGCCGGCGUGAUGACUCCUUCAUUCAGGGAUGACGAGACCGGUGGCAAGCGUCUUGCGGCCGAGGAGUUUGCGCCCAUAAGCAAGAAGGCGAGAUUGGCAGGUGCCCCGGAGCCUGUCCCGCUGAGGGACAACGAUCACAUUUUGGGCUUACCGAACCUGUCGGACACCGACAAGGCCCGGGUUCGCAAGGCCAAUGAGCUGUGUCGCUUCGUUGUCGAGCUGAUUCGUGCCUUACCUUCUUCCACUUUUGUGAGCAUCGAGAAUCCCAAUAAUUCCUGGAUUUGGGGAGUGCUAGCUUUCUUCGUGCAAGAAUCUCGAGACCCUGCCCUACUCGAGAAAUGGCGUCGCAUGAUCGAUGUGCGCUUUCAUAAUUGCAUGAAGGGAGGUCGACGACCCAAGCACAGUCGCUUUCGUUGCAGUGAUUCUCGCUUGUCUAGCAUGGCUGUGGAGUGCGACAAUCAACAUAGGCACGAUCCCUACCUGGUCUAUCAGACCGGCCGACAGUGGAGAUUCAGUACCGCUGAAGAGGCGGAAUAUCCGCCUCAACUUUGCCAGGAGGUGUCGCAACUGCUGGCCGCGACAGCGGGUUUGCCAUCCUGCUUAGAACCGCCGGCAGGUCCACGCGCUGUCUGGCCCCAACCACGUGGGAGCCACAAGCUAAUCCCUGAGUUCCUCGAGUUUCGCACCGAGGCUCCCCUAGAUAGGCCCUUUAAGGAGUUUACCUCGGGUUUAGGGGGUGGUUCCGGGAGGUUCGGGGUGUACAGAACGCCUACCGAGUUCAUCGAUUGUGCCCUAAAGCUCAGCCAUCCCUUUGAUACCCAGCACUGCGUCCCAGAUGCCGUCAAAAGGAACAUCUUCAGACGGCUGACCGAAGGACCAUCUGCUUUUGCUGAAGAGAGGCUCAGACUUUACAACAGGCUCAACCAGAUGGAGAAAGAACUUCGCUACGAGGAGGCGCGACUGCAUUCAACCCUGCCUGACCACACUCGCGAAGUCAUCAAGGGAAAGAACCUUCUGCUAUGGGCACAAUUGCUGAAGGAGACCAAAUUUCCUGAUGAAGGAGUCUUCGACUUGAUGAUGGGCGUCGAUUUGGUGGGCAAGCCAGACAAAUCACCCUUGUUUGAAACCAAGGAUUCGCCGGCUACAUCCACACCUGAGCUUCUCCUUGAAUCAGCUCGCUGGCGCAGAGAGAGGCUCAAGGGCCGUGAUCCGCACGAGAAAGAUCCGGAGGCGACCUGGCAACUCUGGGAUUGCACUCUAAAGGACCGGGACGACGGCUUUCUCACAGGGCCGUUCUACGAUGAGGACGAAGUGAAAAAGCACCUUGGAGUAGAGGAGUUCGUCUGUUCGAGAAGGUUCGUCAUCGAGCAGGGCACGCCGGAGAGGCCCAAACUUCGACCGAUCGACAAUUACAAGGAGGGCGGGGUCAACGAAGCUUACCAUAGCCUCGAGAAACUCGCCUUGUUUGAUGUCAACUGGAUGACGGCGAUGGCGACUUACAUCGCGCGGGUCUCGGAUGGAACUGGCGAUUUGGAGAUUGUUCUCAGCACGGGAGAAAUUCUACACGGAGAGCUGCACUCUUCUUGGAAAGCUAAGAAGCCCGUCUGGCAGGGGCGAACGCUGGAUCUGGAAAAGGCGUAUCGUCAAGUUCCACUUUCAACGGAGUCGCUACGACUGGGGGUAGUCAUGGUCACGGACCCUAACAGCGGCAAGCCUUGCUACUUCGUGGCCCAGAGUUUACCCUUCGGUGCAUCAUCGUCUGUGUUUGCUUUCAACAGGCUGUCAAGAUCGAUCUUGCAUCUGAGCUGGAACUUGAUUGGCAUGAUCUCAGGAUGCUUCUACGACGACUUCCCGCUUCUUGAAAUCCAAUCUUCUGCGAAGCUUGUCUCUGAAUCAUUCGAACACCUGCUACGGAAGAUCGGGUGGAGGUAUUCCAACGACCCGGCCAAAACCUCGCCUUUCAAUGAGAGCUUCGAUCUACUUGGAAUACGUCUCAAUGCAGGUGACAUCUCCAAUGGCGUCGUGGUGCUCCAAAACAAGGCAUCAAGGCUGGAGAAGAUGAAAGAUACUUUCAUCCGCAUGGCGUUGAAGGGUGAAUGGGAUCUGCGACAGAUUCAGUCACUGCAAGGGCAAGUGAACUUCGCUUUGGGCUUUGCCUCGGGAAGAGCAUUUAAGAUGCUGCAGCGUGCACUUGGAAGCUUCAUCAGGAAUCCUGAAGAUCGCAGCGCGAGUGACUUCCAGACACUUUGCGAGUUCGGGAUCCGCUUGAUUGACGAGUGCAAACUUCGUGUCGCCACCUUCGGCGUGGUGGUCCUGGAUCCCUUCACUUCUUCUAAGCUAGUGGCCGGAGGUCGCAUACCGAAGACUCUGGUGGAAUUCUGGAAGCUUGACAGCCCCGAACAGGUGAUUGCUCAGGCUGAAGCUUUCGCCGUGGUCCUCGCGAGAGAAGCUUUCAGAAAUUUCAUCCAUGGCAGGCGAACCAUUUACUUCAUCGACAACGAGGGAGCGAGAGAAGUCUUGAUCAAAGGGGCGAGCAAGUCACGCACGCUCCUGCUUUUGGGAGCACGCUUCUUCGAGAUGGAAAACCUGGAUCAAAGCUUGACGUGGUUAGAGAGGGUUCCAUCUGCUAGCAAUGUGGCAGAUGGUCCGAGUCGUGGUGAGAUUGCCGAGACGGCGAAAGUCAUUGGUGGCACGAUCGUUGAUCUACAGGAGAAGGUAGAAGAACUCGGUGAGUUGUGCAAAUCAACUGUACAGAUACCUUGGAAGCUGCUCAAGUAA